CACACACACCCACUUGCCCACACACACACACACUUUGUCUCACAAUAUACUGCAUGAGGCUCUGCUGGUUCCUGAACACACAGAGCAAUGGAUGAUAACGACACCUACUACAGUGAAAACGGCACAGACUAUUAUGAAAACUACACAGGUGCUGAAAUUUGUGACCCUGGUUACAGCGACAAGUUGACCAUCAUGGUUUUCCAGGUCCCAGUCUCCAUCUUUGCCUUCGUCUUUGGCGUUAUUGGGAAUACUUUGGUGAUUGCGACCUUCACCAAGUACAGAUGCCUCCGUAUGCGGUGCAUGACUGAUGUCUUCCUUUUUAACCUUGCGGUUGUUGACCUCAUGCUGCUGCUUUCUUUGCCAAUGGAGAUCACCGAAGCAAUCUUCGGUUCCUGGGUCUUUGGAAAUGAACUUUGCAAGCUGAAUUAUGGCUUCUGUGCCAUCAACACAUAUGGUGGCUUGUUGUUGCUAGCAUGCAUCAGCAUAGACCGCUACCUGCUUGUGGUACGAGCCAGGACUGCUCAGGCCCUGCGUUCAAGUAUGCUCUGCUACAGUAAGUUGUCUGCGGUUGGUGUGGCGCUGGUCUCCAUUGUCCUUAGCCUGCCAGAGCUCUGGUUUACUUCAGUGAAUGAGGUAGGUGACUCCAAAAGGUGUCUGUAUGUAGGGAACAACGAUGGCAAAGGGUGGGUAAAGAUGUGGCCACGUAUGGCAAAGAUUACAGGUUUCUGCGUGCCAUGCUUCACCAUGUUGGUGUGCUACAGCACCAUCAGCCAUGUGUUGAUGCAGGGCCGGGGAAAAUGCUUUCGCCGACAGAAGACACUGCGACUCAUAGUGGCAUUGAUUUUGGUCUUCCUGCUCUUUCAGCUGCCAUACGCCAUAGUCCUAUCUAUCCGAAUGUUCCAGUCUAAUUAUUCAUGCACUCUAUGGUUUGACAUUCACUUGGCUGAGGAUAUCACCCGCAGUCUCGCUUACAUCCGUUGCUGCCUCAACCCCCUGCUCUAUGCCCUUGUGGGAAUACGAUUCCGGGGGGAUGUAAUGAAGUUGCUGCGUGACUGCGGUUGCCUCUGUCCUUGUCUGGUGCAUGUGGUGCUGAAACAGAGAUGCGAAAGCUCAAUGACUCCCUCGUCCGCCCUGCCUACUAGCACGGUCGGACCCUUCUCAGACAUUUCUUUGCCUAAAUCCCUACCUGACAUGCCCAAAAUCGAAAAUCCUGCAGAUUAACAAUCGGCUGGGGUUAAAGAGUCACAUCCACCCAUCAUACUUUUAUCCUCUGCCUUUGUAAACUCACAAAACCCUGGGUAUAUGUCGAUAAUAAAGCACAGUGGUGGGGGUAUAGAUUUCCAACAACAGGUAAAACUGAAGUGAUUUUCAUAGAACUGCAUUACCAAAGGCAUUUUAUAGCACAGCAUUAGCAAGCAUUCCCCAAUUUGUUUUUUUUUUUACCUAUUGUUCUUACAUCAGCUUGUUAUAUUACUGGUAACCCGGAAUGUUAAUAUCCCUGAAAACUUUUCCGUGGCAAAAAACUGUAUAUUGUAUCUAUCUAUACAAUAUAUAUAUAUAUUAUACUUGUAUUAUAUUGUAGCCGAUGGUGUAGACUCCUUUCAUGAAAGAUCAUGGACAUUAAAUCCAAGUCCAUGAGUAGGUUAAGCAUAUUCAAAUAAACCUGCAGAGCUGCUCUUAAAGAAAAUAACCCUCAGAAUUGACCCCAACGUGGUAUAGGGUGUUGUUCUAGCACAGAUUGUGUUUCUGUUACUUCAUCUGUGGA